AUGAAAAACAAGUAUGAGAGCUUAUCUGAGGGAAUCAAACUACAAGAUAAUCAAACCCUACUGAACAGUAUUUAUACACAACUCUACAUCUUAGAGGGAGAGAGUGAAAGAGUGAAUGAAGAACAUGAGGUUUUACACAUGGAGAAUAAAUCCAGAACUCAACACUUACAAGACACUCCAAUCUACUGCAAUGACAUCUUUAAAGCCUCAGCUGAACCUGGAUGUGAAGAGAAAGAGCAGAUCAAGACUGUUCUUACUAAAGGCAUUGCUGGAAUCGGAAAAACCGUCUCUGUGCAGAAGUUCAUUCUGGACUGGACCGAGGGAAAAGCCAAUCAGGAUGUAGAUUUCAUGUUUGUGCUUCCAUUUCGAGAGCUGAACUUGAUCCGCGAUCAUCAGUACAGUCUUCACAGACUUCUGCUGGACUUUCAUCCUGAACUUCAAGAUCUGGACUCACAGAUUUAUGAGGAGUGUAAAGUUGUGUUCAUCUUUGAUGGUCUGGAUGAAAGCAGAAUCACACUGAUGUUUUCAGACGCUCAGAAAGUUUGUGAUGUGACUGAGACUUCAUCAGUGGCUGUGUUGAUGUCAAAGCUCAUGAAAGGAGAGCUGCUUCCCUCUGCUCUCAUCUGGAUCACCUCCAGACCAGCAGCAGCCAAUCAGAUCCCCUCCAAAUACAUCAACCGUCUGACAGAAAUUCAGGGAUUCAAUGAGCCUCAGAAGGAGGAAUAUUUCAGGAAGAGAAUCAGUGAGCAGCAUCAAGCCAGCAGAAUCAUCUCACACAUCAGAAGAGCAAGAAGCCUCCACAUCAUGUGCCACAUCCCCGUCUUCUGCUGGAUCUCAUCCACUGUGCUUCAGAAGCUCCUGGAAGAAGAUCUGAGUGCAGAAAUCCCUCAAACUCUGACUGAAAUGUACAUCCACUUCCUGCUGAUUCAGAUCAACAUGAGGAACCAGAAGUAUGAAGAGAGAGAUCCAGAGAAACUCCUGCAGUCCAACAGAGAAGUGAUUGUGAAACUUGCUGAAGUGGCUUUCAAACAGCUGAUGAAGGGCAAUGGCAAUGUGAUGUUCUACGAGGAGGACCUGAUUGAAAGCGGCAUAGACAUCACUGACGCCUCAGUGUAUUCUGGGAUUUGCACUGAGAUCUUUAAGGAGGAAUCAGUGAUUCAUCAGACGAAAGUCUACUGCUUCAUUCAUCUCAGCUUUCAAGAGUUUCUUGCUGCUUUUUAUGCAGUUUACUGCUAUUUAUGUAGAACUACUGAAUCACUUUUUGAUUCACUACAUAAUUUUCAUACACGUGUAUUCAGUAAAGUACAAGAAAGUGAAAAUGGACAGCUUGAUCUGUUCCUGCGAUUUCUGCUGGGCAUCUCACUGGAGUCCAAUCAGAGACUCUUACAGGAUCUACUGACACACACAGAGAACAGCUCAGAGAGCAUUGAGAAAACUUCACUGUAUAUUAAAAACACCAUUAAGAAGAACAAACAUCUGUCCACUGAAAGAUCCAUCAAUCUGUUCCUCUGUCUGCUGGAAGUGAAAGAUCAGACUCUGUCCAGAGAGAUUCAGGAGUUUGUGAAAUCAGACAAACACUCAGAGAAGAAACUCUCUCCCGCUCACUGCUCAACAAUCUCCUACAUGCUUCAGAUGUCGGAGGAGCCGCUGGAUGAGCUGGACCUCAAGAAAUACAACACAUCAGAUGAGGCUAGAAGAAGACUGAUACCAGCUGUGAUGAAUUGCAGAAAAGCUUUACUUGCUGACUCUAAUCUCACUGAUCAGUGCUGUGAAAUUGUAACUUCAGCUCUGCAGUCAUCAAAUUCCCUGCUGAGAGUGCUGGACUUGAGUAACAAUGACCUGCAGGAUUCAGGUGUAAAGCUGAUCUCUCAUGCACUGAAGACUACAAACUGUCACCUGGAGAUACUGAGAUUAUCUGGCUGUAUGGUGACAGAGGUAGGCUGUUGUUAUCUGGCUUCAGCACUGAGAUCAGCAACAUCACACCUGAAAGAGCUAGAUCUGAGCUACAAUCGCCCAGGGGAUUCAGGAGUCAAGCGGCUCUCUGAGAGACUCAAUGACCCAAACUGCACACUGGAACAACUCAAUCUGGACCAUAAUGAACACUUCAGAAUCACACCAGGACUGUGGAAAUAUGCCUGUGAUCUCUCACUGGAUCCAAACACAGCAGACAUUCGUUUAUCUUUGUCUGAAGAGAACAGAAAGGUGACAUAUAUGAAAGAACCACAGCCCUAUCCUGAACAUUUAGACAGAUUUGAUAGAUGUUCACAGGUUCUCUGUCGAGAGAGUCUGUUUGGACGCUGUUACUGGGAGGCUGAAUGGAGCGGUAGAGGUGCUUUUAUAUCAGUGGCGUAUAAAGGAAUCAGCAGAAAAGGAGAGAGUGAUGACUGUAUGUUUGGAUGCAAUGAGAAGUCUUGGAGUCUGGACUACUCCUUUAAUAGAUUCAGUGCCUGGCACAACAAUAAGGUCAUUUACAUUUCUCCACCGUCGCCUCCCUCUAAUAAAGUAGGAGUGUAUCUGGACUGGUCGGCCGGCACUCUUUCCUUCUACAGUGUUUCUGAAGCACACACACUCACACACUUACACACAUUCAACACUAUGUUCACUGAACCAGUCUAUGGUGGACUUGGUAUUUAUGAUUCUUCAGUGUCUCUUUGUCAGACUCCACACAAACAACUGUAAACUGACUUGCAAAAAUGUCUUUUCAAAGCUCUAGUGUUACAUUUUUCAACCUUGAAAGAUAUAUGUAAGAUAGUUAUGUAAUGGUUU